AUGUUAGCCGAUACGCCGCGCCGCCGCCGAUCGGACAAAACUCCGAAAAACAUAGGUUUUCGAGAAAAGUUGGCGGAAUGUCACACGGACCGUUCAUUUACGGAAUCAUUUGUAUUAGAUGUGUCAUCAGUCUCGCAAUAUCCAGCUGAAGAAGAAGUUCUGUUGCCGGCACAAAUUAAUUUUAUUGUUGACAAGGUUGAUUACGAUGAGAAUACAAAGAAAUAUACGAUUUAUUUAGCAAUUUAG